GGAUCUGACCCAACAACAACAACAUCAACAUGCAGAACGACACCGGCGAGUUCGUGGACCUGUACGUCCCGCGAAAAUGCUCGGCCAGCAACCGCAUCAUCGCUGCCAAAGACCACGCUUCUGUACAGAUGAACAUCGCGGAGGUCGACCCCAGCACCGGCUGUUUUAACGGCCAGUACAAGACCUACGCUCUCUGCAGACCCAUCAGGAGGAUGGGCGAGUCUGACGAUUGCAUCCUGCGGCUGGCGAAGGAAGACUCCAUCGUCUCAAAGACCAUUUGAGAUGAAGACGUCGAGCUGAGAAAAUGUGUCGCAAAAUAAAACGAACGCUUU